AUGAGUUCAGAAUUACAGGAGGGCCCAGAAUGGACCGCAAAAAGUGUGCGGAAUACUUUUAUCCAAUAUUUUAAAGAAAAUGGGCACACUUUUGUUGCCUCAUCUCCCGUCGUACCUCUUUCUGAUCCCACCUUGCUCUUCACCAAUGCAGGGAUGAAUCAGUUCAAGUCAAUUUUCUUAGGCACUGUUGACCCUCAUUCAGAUUUUGCAAACCUGAAAAGUGCAUGCAUACGCGCUGGUGGAAAACACAAUGAUCUAGAUGAUGUUGGAAAGGAUAGCUAUCAUCAUACAUUUUUUGAAAUGCUUGGCAAUUGGAGUUUUGGUGAUUACUUCAAGCAGGAAGCGAUUCAGUAUUCCUGGGAGCUUUUAACCAAAGUGUACAGGCUGGAACCCAGUCGUCUUUAUGUCACCUACUUUGAAGGAGACAAAAAUGGCGGACUCGAAGCAGACAUUGAAGCAAAAGAGUUGUGGAAGGCUGUUGGCGUCCCCGAAGAUCACAUUCUUCCCGGAAAUAUGAAAGAUAAUUUCUGGGAAAUGGGUGAUCAAGGUCCCUGUGGCCCAUGCAGUGAAAUUCACUACGACAGAAUCGGUGGCCGUAAUGCUGCCCACCAUGUUAAUCAGGACGACCCCAAUGUCAUCGAAAUAUGGAAUAAUGUUUUUAUCCAGUACAAUCGUGAACAGGAUCGCUCUUUGAAGCCCCUUCCGAAUAGGCAUGUCGAUACUGGAAUGGGGUAUGAGAGGCUGGUGUCUAUUCUUCAAAAUAAGUCAUCGAAUUAUGACACCGACGUGUUCACCCCUUUGUUCCAGACCAUCAAGGACAUCACUGGAGCUCGAGAAUACCAAGGGCGAUUUGGUUCCGAUGAUGCUGAUGGUAUUGAUACUGCUUAUCGGGUCGUGGCAGAUCAUGUCCGAACCCUUAUGUUUGCGAUCUCAGACGGCGUACUUCCAAAUAAUGAGGGCCGUGGGUAUGUUAUUCGCCGGGUCCUCCGCCGGGGCGCUCGCUAUGCCCGAAAAUACUUUGGCGUUGAUAUUGGAAACUUUUUUUCCCAAAUUGUCCCAACUGUGGUAGAGCAGCUUGGCGAUAUGUUUCCAGAGCUAAAAGUAAAACAAAAUGAUGUCAUGGAAGUCCUUGACGAGGAGGAGCUUGCUUUUGCGAAGACCUUGGAUCGCGGAGAGCGACAGUUAUAUGAUACAUUUGGAUUCCCUGUUGAUCUAACCCGCAUUAUGGCCGAGGAGCGGGGUCUACAGAUCGAUGAUGCGGAAUUUGAGGGGGCUCGUUUAAGGGCCAAAGAGGCAAGCAAAGGUCAGAAAAAGGCCGCAAUAGAAACUCUCAAGUUGGAUGUUCACGAUCUUGGAACUCUGGAAAAGAUGAACGAUGUUCCAAAAACAAGUGAUACUGCAAAAUUUGAGAGAGGCAACAUAACUGCUCAGGUAAAGGCAAUUUACCACGGGAAAACCUUUCAUACAUCCACAGAAAGUGUAUCUCAGGGGGAGCAGCUUGGGAUUAUCCUUGAUCGUACAAAUUUUUAUGCUGAGCAAGGUGGUCAGGAAAAUGAUACCGGUAGAAUUGUUAUUGAUGGGCAGGCGGAGCUCGAAGUUGAUAAUGUUCAACUUUACGGUGGAUAUGUCCUUCAUACCGGCUUCAUGAAAUAUGGCUCCUUUACUGUAGGUGAUGCAGUGAUUUCUGAGUAUGAUGAGCUUCGCCGGUGGCCAAUCAGAAAUAAUCACACAGGAACACACAUAUUGAACUUCGCGCUAAAGGAAGUUCUUGGAGACGGAAUAGACCAAAAAGGAUCACUCGUUGCGGCUGAGAAACUUCGAUUUGAUUUUUCGCAUAAGGCACCAGUCACAGACAAAGAACUGGAAAAGAUUGAGGAAAUCUCGACAGAGUAUAUUCGUCAGAAUUGUGCUGUCUAUUCGCAAGAAAUUCCUCUUGCGACGGCACGCCAAAUCUCGGGAGUAAGAGCUGUCUUCGGCGAGACCUAUCCUGACCCCGUUCGUGUAGUGUCCGUUGGAGUUGAAUUGGAUGAGAUCCUUAAUAAUGUGAAAGAUCCCCGCUGGGAAAAGGUCAGCAUUGAGUUCUGCGGAGGAACCCACGUGCAGAAGACCGGCGAUAUUAAGGAUCUUAUUGUGUUGGAGGAAAGUGGUAUCGCUAAAGGGAUCCGCAGGAUUAUUGCAGUUACGGGUGAAGAUGCCCACAAGGUGCAGCGUGUGGCAGAUGAUUUCAAGAAGCGUUUGGAUUGUCUGGAAGCAAUGGUCCUGACCCCAGCAAAAGAGAAGGAAGCGAAGCAAAUACAAGUUGAUCUUAAUCAACUUCUUGUAUCUGCUGUCCAAAAGUCAAAGUUUCGGGAGCGUUUUGCACGUAUCAAUAAGCAGAUUAUUGAUGCACAAAAGGCACAGCAGAAACUUGAGUCGAAAAUGGCUGUUGAGACAAUUACCUCCUAUUUCCAAGCCCCAGAGAACCAGGACAAGUCAUGGCUUGUUGUGAACCUUCCUGUUUCGGCAAACGCGAAAGCCGUCAGUGAGUCUUUAAACCAUGUCAAAUCCAAGCUACCGGACAAGACAGUAUAUGUGUUAGCUACAGAUAAAGAUCAGGAACGUGUUAUGCAUGGCUGUUAUGUUUCAAAGGCAAUAAUCGAUCAAGGUGCUUCAGCUAGUGAGUGGACGAAUGUUGUUUCUGGCGUGCUUGGAGGGAAAGCUGGUGGGAAAGGACCCACUUCAAUUGGCAAUGGGGUUCACGCUGAUAAAGUUGACGAGGCUAUUAAUUUAGCUUCUGACUAUCUUGGAAAGUUCAAACUGUAA